AGUAAAGUAGCUUCCGAUGUUGCGGGGUUCAGGGUUUUACAAAGCAGAAGUCACUCGACAGGGAUUAACUAGGUGUUCAAAUAUUGUUAGGUGUUGCAUUUUUCCGCUAAUGUACAACUUUGAACACAGCUUAUAAUCAAGGUAUUGAAGUAAGCGAGCGAGCAUCGGAGUACAAUCCAGCUGUUGCCAUGGCAAUUCUAUUUGCCGUGGUAGCCCGUGGAACCACCAUCCUCGCCAAGCAUGCAUGGUGUGGCGGAAACUUCCUCGAAGUGACCGAGCAGAUCUUGGCCAAAAUCCCAUCGGAGAAUAACAAACUGACCUACAGCCAUGGCAGCUAUCUCUUUCAUUUCAUCUGUCAUGACAGAAUCAUAUACCUGUGUAUCACAGAUGAUGACUUUGAAAGGUCACGCGCAUUCAGUUUUCUUAGUGAGAUCAAGAGGCGCUUCCAAACAACUUAUGGGUCGAGAGCACAAACAGCCCUGCCAUAUGCUAUGAACAGCGAGUUCUCAUCCACGCUGGCAGCUCAGAUGAAACACCACUGUGACCCGCGGGGAUCAGAUCGGCUUACUGAUACACAGAUGCAAGUGGAUGACUUGAAGGGUAUUAUGGUCCGCAACAUAGAUUUGGUCGCUCAAAGAGGGGAGAAGCUGGAGUUGUUGAUUGACAAGACAGAAAAUCUGGUCGAUUCUUCUGUUACAUUUAAAACCACGAGUCGUAACCUUGCUCGAGCCAUGUGUAUAAAAAACCUCAAGCUGACUCUUGUUGUUGUGCUGGUGUGCCUGGUGGUCAUUUACAUUAUUGUCUCUGCUUCCUGUGGAGGCCUCAGCUGGCCAUCUUGUGUCAAAUGAGACCAUGUGCAUUACGGGGCUGAUGUGGAGCAGCGAGAGUGAAGCGCCUGUUUUACUGUUUUUGCCAAUGGACAGAAAAGGAAACGCAACUUCCCGUGCUUUACAAUUAUUUAGCUUCAGCUUGCCUGGAUAACCAGACCCUGUCCUGCCUCCUCAAUAGUGCACACAUUUGAUUUGCCUUCAGGACUGGAAGUCCCACCACAUGCCACUGGAAUAUCAGCAGCUACAACUGAUGCAGCACCAGAAUCCUGUCUUAAACUAGUCUGCCUGAUGUUUCACUUUGUGGGACUGUCUUGCAUUUAUGUAUUGCAUCCAUUCAAAAAUACUUUAUUAAUUGUACAUGCCUGUUCAUAAAUGUGCACAGAUCCGUUUAACCAGUAGCGGGGUCCUUGGAAUAUCUAAAAAGAUUGUCUUCUCAUCACAGUAAUAUUAGUAAAUUCAGUAAACCAGACAAGAUCAUACAAAAAUAAUAUUGUACAUCCCAGUGAAUAUGUAUGUCGUAUUAAUAUCUGGCAUGCGACUCUGAUGGUUGCUGAUUGAAAAUGCUGGUAUUCUCAUGUAUGAUCAAAUCCUGUCAUCUUUAUUUUUACCUACUAAAGUAUCUUAACAAAAUGCACUUUUUAUCACGUGUGCUCAUUGUGUGUGAACAUGUUGAAACCAUGUAACUAUUUAAUAAUUGUACAUCCAAAUUUUAAAUAAUAAAAAUCUGAUAUCAAAUAGUUGAUGCUUGCAUGAGUUCAAAAAAGUGUUUGUAUGUAUUAGGGCUGUGAAUUUUUGGGUGUCCCAGGAUUCGAUUCAAUAUCGAUUCUUGGGGUCACGAUUCAAUUCAAAAUCGAUUUUUUUUUUUUCAAUUCAACACGAUUCUCGAUUCAAAAACGAUGUUUUCCCGAUUCAAAAUGAUUCUCUAUUCAUUCAAUACAUAGGAUUUCAGCAGGAUCUACCCCAGUCUGCUGGCAUGCAAGCAGAGUACCGGUAGUAGAUUUUUGUGAAAAGCUUUUAUAAUUGUAAAGGACAAUGUUUUAUCAACUGAUUGCAAUAAUGUACAUUUGUUUUAACUGUUAAAUGAACCAAAAAUAAUGACUUAUUUUAUCUUUGUGAAAAUAUUGGACACAGUGUGUUGUCAAGCUUAUGAGAUGCGAUGCAAGUGUAAGUCACUGUGACACUAUUGUUCAUUUAUUUUUAUUUUUAUUAAUGUCAAUGAGGGAUUUUUAAUCACUGCUAUGUUGAAAUUGUAACUAAUAUUGAUACUGUUGUUGAUAAUAUUCAUUUUUGUUUCACUACUUUUGGUUUGUUUUGUGUCGUGUUUGUCUCCUCUCAAUUGCUCUGU